UGAAACUUUAAUAAAUAAAGAAUUGAAACAUCUGAUAUUUUUUAAAUAGAUAAAACUUUAUAAAAAUCGAAAAAAAUAGCAUUUAAAAACUAUUAUUAAAAGAUAUUUAAACAUCUAAAAAAAUGUUUCGAUAGUGAAUAUACUUUACGUUCAUGAGCAUCCUAAAUGCAGUAUAUAAAUACUACAUACACACUAGUUGCUCAUGGUUGUCAUUUUAUAUUUGAAUUUCAAUGUAAGGUUAGAUGUGUAUCACAUGUUUCUUUUUGGCUUCAUAAAAUAUUUUAAAAUAAUAAAAUGGGUAAAGUAAAGAAAAUAAAGUUUUCUAGGAGUGAAAUGAAACAGCCAAAAAUGGCUUUAAGUGAUCAAAUAGAAGAAGAAAAGAUUGCGAAAUCGAAAAACAGGCAAAAGAACAGAAUUCGCAAGGAAGAUGACGAUAAGUUUGUGGAUCCUGUUCUUACAAAACGAAUUUUAUCUCAAGCCAGACAACAACAAAUGGAAAUUGAGGAAGAAAAUGCAAUUGGACGAACAUCAGACUCUGUAAAGAAACCAGUAGUAAGACUUAGUACUGAUCCUGAAUUUAGUGACAUAGAGGAAUCAUCGAGUGAAGAUGAACAUGAUAACGUACAAUAUUAUGAAAAUAUUGAAAUAAAUGAAGAAGACGAACGUGCUAUACAAAUGUUCAUGUCUAAGGAUCCUGUGCCUAUGAAAACAUUAGCUGACAUAAUAUUAGAAAAGCUAACAGAAAAAAAAACAGAAAUUGAAACUCAAUUUUCAGAUGUAGGCUCUAUUCAAAUGCAAGAAUUAGAUCCAAGAGUUAAAGCAAUGUAUGAAGGUGUUAGAGAUGUAUUAACAAAAUAUCGCAGUGGGAAAUUACCUAAAGCAUUUAAAAUUGUUCCUAGUUUGAGAAAUUGGGAACAAAUAUUAUAUAUUACUGAACCAACAAAAUGGUCAGCCGCAGCAAUGUAUCAAGCUACCAGAAUAUUUGCCUCAAAUCUUAAAGAAAAAAUGGCUCAAAGAUUUUAUAAUUUGAUACUAUUACCAAGAAUUAGAGAUGACCUAGCAGAAUAUAAGAGACUCAAUUUUCAUUUAUAUCAAGCAUUAAGGAAGGCGCUAUUUAAACCUGCGGGUUUCAUGAAAGGAAUUUUACUUCCACUCUUAGAGUCUGGAACCUGUACAUUAAGAGAAGCUGUUAUUAUUGGAUCUGUAAUUGCUAAAAAUUCAAUACCGAUUUUACAUUCUUCAGCAGCAAUAUUAAAAAUUGCAGAAAUGGAUUAUACUGGAGCUAAUAGUAUUUUCCUCAGGAUAUUUUUAGAUAAAAAAUAUGCUCUUCCAUAUAGAGUUAUUGAUGCAGUAGUAUUCCAUUUUCUUAGAUUUGAAAGAGAUUCUAGAGAGCUACCAGUUUUAUGGCAUCAGGCAUUAUUAACUUUUGUACAACGUUAUAAAACUGAUAUUAGUUCUGAACAGAAAGAAGCUCUGUUAAGAUUAUUAAAGAAACAAUUUCAUCAUACAAUUACAGCUGAAGUAAGAAGAGAAUUGCAGCAUGCUAAAUGUAGAGACACAGAAAUCACAGAACCUGCGUUAGAACCAAUGAUUUAUUAGAGAGUUACCCAUUAAUGUAUUGUUAUUGUACAUAACACGAAUGAAACAUGAAUCUAUACUCUGAUGAAAAUUUGAUGAUAAUGAACCUAAUAAUUAUACAAUAAAAAUAUCAGCUGGUUUACCAAUAUUAAAGUAUAUUAUGUUUAACCAUAUGUACUCAAUAUUAGGUAAAUAUAAUCAUUUUUGUUAACGAAUGUGUUAACAAUCUAUAAUCUUUUUAUAAAUAAAAUGUAUAAUGUAUAACUAUUCAUAAAUUCAAACGUUUGUAAAUAAUUUAAUAAUAAAUAAUGCUUUCAAAAUCGUCUUAACAAAGUUUAGUUGGGAAAAACUGAAACACCUUGACUUAUAAGAUAACAUUUAUGGUUUGAAUUUAUUGAAAUAUUUCGUUUCUUAAAAUUCUAUGUACUUUCUUAGUAACUACGAAAUACAUGCAUUAAAAAUUUUUGUGGUUUUAUAGUUCAAUUUUAAGCCGCAUUGGCAUUGGGCUCUGAAUGAAAAUAAAAAUUGAUAAUUGUUUCAUACUAAUAAUGUUUUAAAUAUAUAUACAAUCUACUUAAUUUUUCAAUAUUUUGCUUUUUUAUUAAAAAGUACUGAUUGAUUACAAUUAUUUUGAGCAGUAAAAAUAUACCAAAUAAAUACAAACACUUUCAAAUAUUUAACUGUAUAUAAAUAUACAAAAUAUAUACAAAAAUAUUGAACUUUCAGAUGUUAAAAUCAGAUAUUUAUGUGGUUGUACUAUUAGAUUAGUUUUCAG